AUGAGCACGCAACAAUGUACACCCGUCGCACAGGUGCUAGCAGGGGUGCAGCCUGCGUGGAGUGCAAACGAAGCAGCGUACCGUCCGGCGCGCUUUUUGCGGCGCGUGCACACGCUGCAGAACGUGCUUUUUGCGCUCGCGAGCUGCGGGUUCAUCCUUGCACGGGUGCCAUAUGCGGUGCUGGAUGAUACCACCGUGUUCGGCUUUACGUCACGCACGAUGCUUACUUUUGCCUAUAGUGUCCUCUGGAGCAUUUCGCUCUUCAUGCUCGUUACAAGCAGUGGCGGCGCACCGCGCCUCCGUGCAAUUGUCUGCAUAUUUUCUCUGACACUGCUGCUUUGUCUGGGAGAGAUAUUCCGCGCGGUGUUGCGUGCGCCGUUCACCGUAUGGAACUGGACGCAUUUUGGCUUGCUCGUCUCGCUGUGCGGCGUCGCAGGCUGCAUGCCAAGCAUCCCGCUGCGCGUCGUGGCUGGGGGUGAUAUUGCUGAGCUCACAGCGCGCGAGGAUGCUCGCGAUGUGCUCGAAUUGGGCGACGACACCCCGCCAUUGUUUGUCGCGCCGUGCUCCGCCAUGGACAAUUCACCGCUGGGGUAUCUUUUUUUCUGGCACUUUAUGCGCCUGAUCCGUGCGACAGCCAAAUACGGUCUCUUGCGCCCAUUAGACGUGCCCGUGCUGGGACACGAUUUGCAAGCCUCGACGCUGGGCCACGCAGUUGCGCAGCGCUUGGCCAAGACAAUGCCCUCGAGCGUGCCGAGGUCCGCGCCUGUGCACAUCGGCCUCUGGUCCAAGAAUGUGCGCAGGCUUAUCUGGGUGCUCAUUGUGGCGAACAAGGCGCUCCUCACGACCAUGUUUGGCCUCACGGUGCUGUGUGUCGGUGCAUACUAUGGCCCCACCUUUUUUGCAAAUCGCAUCUUUACCGUGCUGGAGCAGGAAACGGACCGGGUGCAGAAGGCCAUGCCCUGGGUGAUGUGCCUCUUUUUUACCGUGAUUUUUAGCAGCAUGCUGCAAGGCCGGCUUUGGGCCGUGCUCGAGGGCGAUCUGCAAGUCCGACUUUCCACACAGCUCUCCACCAUCCUCUACAGCAAGACACUGCGACGGCGAAUCGAUGCGCAAACUACACAGGACGAGGAUGGACCGACUAUUGGAGGCAGCCAGGUGUUUACGCUGCACCUCGUAGACCUGAAACGUGUCGCUGCGAUUGCGUUCCACCUCUUCACACUCACCACGGUGCCUUUUGAGCUGCUCGUCGGCGGCUACUUUGCUUACCGCGUCCUCGGCAUCGCCGCUGUGAUUGGUCUCCUCGCCACCAUUGCACUCCUCCCUUUGAUUCAUUUUGUAAGCAGAGAGUUUGCGCGAACCAACGAGCGCCUGAUGAGCGCGCGAGAUCGGCGGAUGGGCCUGCUGAACGAGUGUUUCUUGGGGAUCCGCAUGAUCAAGUCGCAGGCCUGGGAGCAGCGCUUUGACGAGCGCAUUCAGCACCCCAGAAAUGCCGAGCUGCUUGCGCAGCGCAACACCUUUUUCUUCAGUGCGCUUCUCAAUUGCAUCAUGCAGCUCAACCCAUUGCUGGUCACCAUCGUGGCUUUUUCGUACUAUACCCUCGUCCUUGGGAACCAGCUCACGCCCAAGGUAGCAUUCACCGCGUUGUCUGUGUUUACAGAGCUGCGCUGGACACUCACGAUGCUGCCGCAGUCGCUGACCAGUCUCGCGCAGUCGCUCAUUUCCUUGCGGCGCAUCGCCGAGUUUCUCGAGUCUCCAGACGUGCCACUCGUGGACAGUGCUCAAGAUCCUUGUGCACCGCCCUUUGUCGCCUUUGUGGGCGCGGCAGUUGCAUGGCCCUCGACCACGCGCACAGACACGUUUUGCUUGCACGACCUCUCUUUGCGCUUCGCCCCGUCCAGCCGCACCCUUGUCUGCGGCCGCAUCGGUGCUGGGAAAUCCCUGCUGCUUCUUUCGCUCCUCCACGAAACCGACGUGCGCGCAGGGAAGGUGAUGUGCCCCCGCUCGCCGCCCGACGCUGCGCCGUACGAUGCAGAGUCCAUGCAAGAGGCCGAAUUUGCGCUGAACACGCCGCAUUGGCUGCGUGCUGAUUUGGUGGGCUAUGCGCCGCAAACGCCGUUCCUCCUCAAUACCAACAUCCGUGAGAAUAUUCUGUUUGGCUUGCCGAUGGGAAAUGCUUCGCGGUACAAUGCUGUGCUCGACGCAUGCUCUCUUCGUCCAGAUCUCGCCCAGCUGGAGCACGGCGAUUUGGCCCAUGUCGGUGAGAACGGCACCGAACUGUCGGGCGGGCAAAAAGCGCGCAUUGGACUUGCGCGUGCGAUUUAUUCACGCGCCAUGGUACUUUUGCUCGACGAUGUGCUCUCUGCUGUCGAUGCGCACACUGCAAAACACAUCGGCGAACGCGUGUUUGGCGGGCCGCUCCUUGACUCGCGUACCGUCGUGCUUGUCUCGCACAAUGUACAGCUCAUGGGACCGCGCGUGGAUCGUGUCGUGUACUUGGAGCAUGGAAAAGCGCAGUACGAAGGGCGGGCGAGUGAGUUUCUCCGCUCGCACUACUUUUCGGGGCUUGUCGAGGAGGAAAAGGAGGAGAAAAAAGCCGCGCCCGAGCCUGUUCCGCUCAGCGCAAACAAGCCAGCGUCGCGGUCCAACGAGCACCGCGAGCAAGGCGGAAUUUCCACCCGCGUAUGGACUGCGUACAUCCGCACUGGCGGCGGAUGGGGUCUGUGUCUCCUGACCUUUUUUCUUUUUGUCGUCUCGAAUUUGUGGGAGUUGGUGAACAACACCUGGCUGCGCGACUGGAGCAGCUCGCUCGGCCGCUCCCAGCACGACAAUGCCUGGUGGCUCUCUUGGUACGUUGUGUUGGUUGUCGCAGGCCUUGUGUUCAGCUUGCUUUGCUGGCUCAGCAUCUUUUCCGUGUCUCUCUUUGCGUCGCGCUCCUUGUUCGAUGCGAUGCUUUGGCGCACCUUGCGCGCGCCGCUCCAUUUCCACGACCAAAUUUCGCGCGGCCGUUUGCUCAACAGGUUUGGCCAGGAUUUGGAGGUGGUCGAUGGCGGCUUUGCACAGUCCAUUGCCGACGUGAUGACCAAGGCUACCCAGCUCUUGGCCACCUGCAUUGCGCUCUACAUGGUCGGUGGCUGGCAGUUCAUCGUAGCGCUCCUCCUCCUCGCCCCGUUCUACGUGUUUGUCAGCGAGAAAUACGUUGCAACAGCGCGCGAUUUGCAGCGCCUCACGUCUACGUCGCGCUCUUUGGUCGCGAAUGCGUUUGGCAACGCUGUGCACGGCGUCACGCUUUUGCGCGCCUUUGGCGCACAGGAGCGAUUCACGCGCGAUAUGCACACCGCGCUGGACAACAACAAUCGGUACGUGUGGUGGACGAGCCAAGGUGCGCGUUGGAUCAGCCAAAUGUUUAAUCUGAUCUCCUCCUUCCUCAUGCUUGGCUCCUGUAUCCUCAUCCUCUGCAUUCCCGAUAUCGACGUGCCGAGCGCAGACUUUUCCAUCACCUUCCUCAUCGACCUCAACUUUGUCCUGCUCAUUCUCAUGCGCAUGUACACUGUGCUGCAGACGAACGGUGUCGCUGUCGAGCGCGUAUUUGAGUUUGCCGCUUCGAUCGAGCAGGAAGCGCCGGAGCGAGUGGAGCCAAGGCCGCCGCACAGCUGGCCAGCGCACGGCGCGAUCCAGGUCAAGGAUCUACACGUCGGCUACGCCUCCCAGCCCGAAACAGACAUCCUUAAAGGGAUCUCUUUUUCCAUCGAGGGCGGGUCAUCCUUGGCCGUCGUUGGACCCACCGGCAGCGGAAAAUCCACGCUCGCAAGUGCGUUUUUGCGCUUUGUCGAGGCGCGCCAAGGGCAGAUUCUGAUCGACGGGUUGGACAUUCGACAGAUGGGCUUGGCCGAUUUGCGGUCCAGGAUUCAGCUCGUGCCGCAAGAUCCUGUCAUUUUAUCGGGCACACUGCGCUCCGCUCUCGAUAUCGUCUACGAGUAUACCGACGAGCAGCUGCUCUGUUGCCUCGAAACCGUGCACUUGGUGGAUGGACCUGCGAGUCCGUUUGCCAACCUGAACAUGCCAAUCGCCGAGAGCGGCAGCAAUUUGUCGCAUGGACAGCGCCAGUUGUUGUGCCUCGCACGUGCCAUUUUGCGCGGCGCCACCGUGAUGCUCUUUGACGAAGCAAGUAGCUCGAUGGACAAUGAAACGGACACGAAAAUCACCGAGCUCAUCUCGGAUUCGUUUGCGCAAAGCACUGUGAUUACUAUUGCUCACCGCUUGGCCACAGUGAUUGCCUAUGACCGCGUGCUAUUCCUGGAAAAUGGCAGGAUCGUCGAGCUCGACGAGCCAGUUUCUGUCUCUCCAGAAAACGGCCAAGGAGGUAUACACUCGUAG